AUGGAUCCACAUACUAAUGAAGAAAAGUCUCCGAAUCAGGAGACUCCAACUGUGCUCGAUGUCCAAAUAAAUCCUCUAACUACGAUGACUUCUACACCACCAUUCAAACCAGUCGAUGAUAAACAAGAAAUUUCACUCGAAGGAAUGAGUCCUGAAAUAGUGCAACCUGUCGCAAGCGAAUCAUCAUCUCUAACAGUAGAUGUUUCCUCGCCAACUAUUACCGUGGCAUCAUCAUCGAGCGCUCAUACUGAUAACCGAUCAGUUGCAGCAUGGGUAGAAUCCACCACAAUCGAAGCCGGACCAUUCACACUUGAACGUUCGCCAUCUUUACCAUCGACAUUGAUCGAGUCGGGCAUUACUCGUAGUCGACAUGAUUCGAACGUUUCGACAAUAUGUGAUCAACAACAAUCAGUCAAUUCUGACCUUUUGUCUUCUCAUACAGUUUCGUUCUCGCUCGACACGCAACGGAGUUUAUCGAUGCCAGCAAAUGACUCUUCGCCACGUGAAAAUAAUCCGAAAACAAAAGAAUCAGUGAAUGAUGACGAAGAUGGAGAAGAUAUGUCGAUGAAAUUUUUACCUGUCCCCGAUUCUGAGGAUUCUGAAGUCGACAAAAAACCUGAGACGGAUCAACCGGUAAAAGAAGAUCAAACGCAGUUCGAAAGUCGAUCACCAACGAUUCGAGAUCGUCAAAAGAAAUCAACUAGUGUUUCAUUUCAGUCGACAGUCUCAUUCGAUGCCCAUCUCAAACCUUCUGUACCUCACCAACGACGGCGUACUUCAUGGGUUUCGAAUAAAUCUAAGCCCGUCUCACUGCAGCGUUCAUUCUCUUCCGUUUCUACCGCACAAUCCACCUCACUGCACGCGCAAAUCCUUCGUAAACAAUUUCAAUCUGCUCUUUCAAUGCCCAACGGUGCUUUGCACUCGGCGAGCAAUUCGACUCGACAGUCUUCAAGUCUAUCUGACCAUGUUUUUCUCUCCGUCUCGCACACAAACUCGCUUUCACAUACAAGCUCGUCUGUUCAUUCGAAAGAUCAUCGCUUUCUAGCUAUCCCAUCAUCAUCGUCCGUUCUUUCAUCCGAUCGAAAUCAAUCGAUCAUCUCCGAUGCAUCAGGUCGAAGUGGAAUCGAAUCCACUAAUCUCGAAACAAGCACCUCCGAUCAACUGCAAUCAUUGAGUAUCGACGAAACUAACCCAUUUCAACGAAGACUCGUGCUUCACCGUCAGCAACGCGCUUCUUCAGUUUCAACUAGUUCAGAUGAAACACCAAGCACUCAAAGUUUAUCAUCCAGUGACGAUGAAAUGGAUGUUUUUAAUACGAAGAUGAAAGACUUGCGAAUCGAUAAAGAGAAACAAAAACGUCCAGUUGACAGACGACGAAAUGUUCUCAAACAGUUAAUGUGGCUAUUAGAAAAGAAAACCACGAUCUACGCUCGCCAUGGACUUGGUCAACGCACAUUAACCAGUCCGUCAAAGCAAACACCACAAAAAUCAACUGUCAAUUCAUUAGCUGAACUCUGCUCAUCAUUUCGUUCAAAGCAAGAACCCGAACUUCCGUCGAAAGCAAAUCAACAUACUGAUAAUAAAUCGAAUAUUCUAACUACACAAAUGUCUUACAUCGAUCCCAUGACUCAAAGUUGUACAUCCAUUCGUAGUGCUCAUUCUGAUUCCAGUGCGACAGCAUCGGUCACGAAUCUACAGUCUUCACCACGAAGUAUCACUAGUUCCUAUCAACGGAAACGACCGAUGCAUCGUCGCUAUCCAAACAGUUUACCUGUAACCAUGCGUGAUCGCAAGAAUUCAUUCAAUAAAUCCGACCAACAGACUACUUCACUAACCGAAGACGAAUCGAAAUCAGCAUCAACUAGCCGUGUGGAGAAUAUUCUCAACCAACAUUUACUCAUGAUUAAUCGCAUACUUUCCAAUUAUUCAUUUCAAGUCAACACACAGUAUACGUUACAAAAUGCUUCGUUUAGAGAUUUUGUUUGUACACGUUUGCAUGAUUAUGCCCACCAAACCAUAGUGAAUCAGCGCUAUUCAAAAACAGAGACCAAAACUUUCAUAGAUUUAAUCACGAACUUCCAAAUGAAUCGUGCACAUCACUACGCAUUCUUGAUCAAUAAUAUGAAGGAAUUAUUAACGGCUAAUAACGAUGUAUUACAUGUACUCGAUGAACAACAUGAUGCUGAUGAUGAUGGCGAUGGUGAUAAUGUUAGUAGAGACGGACAUGUUGCCAGUAACGAAUCAUCAUGUACUUCCUCUCCAUCAUUAGGCCGUUAUUUAAGUACUGACUCGAAAAGUGAGGUGCUAAGUCACGCACAUCAGUCAUAUCUCGAUCAUCCGUUGCGUUGUUUUCGUACACUGUCGCCUGAAUAUAUUCAAGAUUGUGCACAAACGGAGAAGGAUUUGAAAAAGAUUUUUGAUCUCGCUGAUGAACAGUACACAUUCUAUUGCUUGAAUCAUAUUGAUUGCGAUGAAACAGACGAGCCAUUGGUCGCUUUUCAUCAACGAUUCGAUGCACUCUUCGUUUGGUUUAAUCUAUACUACGAAUUAACAAUAUCGGUGAAGAAAUUAAGCGGCCUGCUACGAUGCGAUGAUUGUGAUGACUGGCCGAAGUUACAUUUUCGUUCGAUCACAACGAGUCGUGAGCGAAGAGCGAAACGCGCAGAUGAAAACAGGGCUGAUUUUAUCACAACAAGCGAAGAAUCAGAUGAUGAAGAAAGUGAGGAAGAAAAUGAUAAUGAAAGCGGAUCUGAAGCUAGCUGGGACAGUGAUAUCAUACCCAAAACUUACUGGCCUGAAGAACCGCCCGAUCAUUCCUCUCAUCUUGAAAUUUCCGAGGAAUCACCUUUGAAUGAAACUGACCCACCCGUCAAAAAAUUAACUCGUACUGCUUGUUAUCGAAAUUUUGUUUACUACAUGGACAAACGUUCCUAUCAAGUAAAAUACGAUGGAUUAGCACGAACUCUAAUAGAACGUGUUGCACCGGUUGUAUUGAAAACUCGUCUAGCCUUGUUGCAGACAACUGAGCAACAAAAGAUCAAAAUCAAACAAACUCUUGCCAAUUUUAUGACACCGGAUUCAGGAUCGUUACAGUCGAAUAGUCUGGGAAAUGAUGACAAAAUUGAUGACGAACUUGUCGAUACAGAUAAUCCUGCUACAGCAAGUUCAACCAACGACAUCAAUAUCGGUGAACUAACAAUCGAAAAAUGGCUUCUUCAUGUAUUGAAAUCUUGUUCGACUAUGAAAACAAUUUGCUCCCACGCCGAUGAAAUGUUCAAACAUAAUUGGCUUGAAUUACAUGAUCAAUUAGGUUUACCAUCGUUGUUACCUUUAUAUUUCUUCAUUCUAAAUGUUCUACUGGAUGUAAUGAAUGAAUGUUUAAGACUUUAUGAUAAACCACCGAUCAAUGGCGAUACCCUCGAAAUCGAUUCACUUUGUCGACAACAGCUCGUGCGUGAAGCAAAAUUGAUUCUCAGAGACGCUCUAGCAUCUCGACUGUAUACUAUUCGAAUGAUGGAGCAGUUCAUUUCUCAUCGCCAAUUAAUUGACGAACUAGCCGAGUUUGAUGAAAAUAUCGUGAAACUUUACACACAUUAUAAACAAUGCCUGAAUACAGUCUGCAUAAAUCGAAUGUUUGGCACACAAGAAGAUGAAGAUAUAAAUAUGAACAACGAAGGAAACCUUGUUCAAUAUCAUUUUGUCGAUGAAGAAACUUCUGAACUGAUAAAAGAGUAUUAUUUUGCUCGAGAUUUAACAGUGACAUUGGAGAAUCGCUCAGAAAUUCGUGAUCUAUGCUUAGACUUUUGUGCAUUGACCCAACGAAUCUUAGAUCAAUUGAAAGAAGCAUUGAAUGGUAAAACGGAGAACUACUAUCAAGUCUUCGCUGUUGACAUGAGUGAAACAUCGAAUAUGAUGGAUGGAUGUUAUUCAGCUGAUGUGGCUCAUGAAUCAGUGAAGGUACCAGCAUUUUAUGCAUCGGCGAGUGUGCCACCGGAUUUGAUCUGUAGUGAAGUAACCAUUUGUGAUGCAAGUGUAUCAUUUUCUGACCAAAAAAAAAACGAUAUCAUCUCCAGUACACGUGAAUUUCGUCGUGAUUUCGACACAAUCAAACAGCGUGCUACACGUGCAUGCCAUCUAGCAAAAGCUCUGAUUGACGAUUUCUCCAUCGCUGUGGAGUUCAAAUGUUUUAGUCAUAGUGAUCUUUGGCAUCAACUUCAACAGAAUUCUUAUACACAAGUGAAAAUCUACAUCAACAAACAUAGUAUCGAAGAUUUUGAUAAUUUGUUCAUUUUUGUUCCCCCAUGGCUAUCGACAGACAAAAAGCAAGUUGAAAACCUGUUAAGUGUCAUCUGUACUCAACAAGUUCCAUUCGACGAAACGAAUCAAAAUUCUUCACCAUCGUAUAUGGUCUUUGUACCUAAAAAAUACUAUCAACGGCAAAACAUGCGUUGGACAGGCGACGUUCUGUUCAUUCAGCCAAGCGAAGUCACUAAAUUAGCAUUGAAUUUAGCUGAACUCAAGUCAUUACAUUUGGUUGUAAACCGAUCGGAUCAAUGGGCGAAAGCGGCACAUCUAUUUCAUUCACAUAUUGGACUGACAAGUAUUCAAUUGAUUCGUAGAUUACCACGCGAUGAAGGAAUCCGUUCGACUUUUGAUCAAUUACCGGAAUACAUCGAAAGAUUAAGCAUUGAAUUGACUAAUCUUGUUCGCACGUUAAACACAAUUUGGGAUCAAGAUUCGACGAAGAUAUACCUAACCGAAGUAGUUAAAUUCGAUGAACGGACAAUCGAAUCGAAAUUAGUCGAUCUCGUUUUAUACGUUUACAACUCCGGUUUCGAUCUGUUCCGUUUAUUGUACGAUCUCAUACCGAAUAUCUGUCCGAAAGAAGACGAUGAAAUUUUCGAGAAGUUUGUGAAAACAAUGAAUGAGUUCUUCUGUGAAUGGUGUAAAUGUGUUACAAAGAAAUUUAAGCACAUUUCUGGCCAACAAGCACGAACGGCGAAAUAUAAAGUAUUCAGACCGAAAUGGGCCGCGCCCGGUAUGGUGUUCCUUCGUUUCUUAGCGAAAUCAACACAUUUACAAUUGCUAGCGGAAGAAGAUUAUAAGAAAUUACUAAAGGAAAUGCCCGCCGCGCUCGACGCCCUUUACGGAAAUCCGAAAGAUAGUCUAACUUUUCCUGCACUAAAAGUCCGAUCAAAUAGUUCCUCAUCGACAAAUUUGGGUCGACCGCGAAAUUCCUCAAGUACCAGCGGACAUCAACGUGCGCCCAGUGGAGGUCGUCUACAAGAUCUAUUUGCUUCAGCAGUGCUCUCACCUCGCGACCGAAUUACACAGAAAAUCAAAAAUUUGGAAGACGACUUGGAAAAGAAAUUUCGUGAACGAAAACAAAUCGGACGUAUUUUCGAUGCAACGACCGUGAGUGGUGGCUUCACGCCUGAUCCUGUAAUCUCCUUGAAAACACGUAAUAUUGAUUUUCCUUGGCGACGUGGCACACGCAUUGGCCAGGGCGGUGCUGGUGUGGCAUUUCGCGCAGUCAACUCUUCGAACGGUUCGAUUGUCUGCAUGAAAGAAAUACUUUUAUCAUCUAUUGCUUCACGAUCAUUACCGAAUGCUUAUCCGGAAAAACUUCGACGUAUCGCUGAAGAAAUCGAUAUGAUCAUGUCAAUUAAUCAUCCAAAUAUUGUCCGAUAUUUUGGCAUUGAAAAAUAUAAAAGAACUAUUUAUAUCUGCAUGGAAUAUUGUAUAGCAACAGUUAAUGAAUUUUUGAAUGACAUUCGAGCAUUUCAGAAACGUGCACGUAUCAAACGAGAAGCGAGCGUUUUCUGGAGUGAUUCAAGUGAACAAGAUGAUAGUUUAAGUAAUGACGACAUACGAUUGAAUUCAUCAUUGGAUGUUAAUGAGCACGUACGCGGUUUUGUUAAACAGUUAUUAAAUGCACUUAUGGUUUUGCAUGAAAGUAACAUCGUACAUUGCGAUGUCAAAGGUGACAAUAUUUUUAUCGCAAAUGAAGAUGGAAAGUACAUUGUUAAACUGGGCGAUUUUAAUUUAUCACAUCGAUUGGAAUUAGAAUCACCAUCAACUGAUGGUAGUGACGCACGUAGCACUCAGAAGGGAACGAUAUAUUUCAAACCGCCUGAACCGGAAUAUGUUUAUAAAUCUGACAUUUGGGCACUCGGUUGCACGAUCAUAGAAAUGCUCACAGGAAAAUUGCCAUGGACGAAUGUCACACGUCCACUGGAAGAUCAAAUUUACAUUCAAAAUCAACUGUUGUUGAAGAAAGGACCACCCAUACCUGAUGAACUGAAGAAACAAACCGAAGCGUACGAAUUCAUUGAAUUAUGCUUGAAACCCAAUCUUGAAGAACGUCGAUCAGCUCGAGAACUACUCGCGCAUGCCUAUCCUCGUGUUCGAACUGGUAAGAAACAUUCACCUUCAUCUGACAGCGCAGCUUAA